AUGGCGUCUUGGUCCCCGACCUCCUCCUCCUCCGCGCGUUGCCCCGACGGGCAACCGCUGCCGCCGGGCACCGAGGUGGAGGUCCGCGUCGACGCCGACGGGUUCCACGGCUCCUGGUUCGAGGCCGUCGUCGAGGGGUACUUUCCGGCACGUGGCCCCCGCGCCCCGGCCCGCUACACCGCCUCCUACGCCCACCUCGUCUCCGAGGACGGCGCCGUCCUCGUCGAGCCCUUCGCGCCCUCCCACCUCCGCCCGCGCCCGCCCCGCGCCUUCUCCUCCGAGGAGGACCUCCUCCGCGCGCUCGCCCCGCACGACAUCGUCGAGGCGUUCCACAAGGACGGGUGGUGGUCUGGGAUCGUGCUCUCUGUCGCCGCCGCCACCGCCGCCGCCGGCAACGACAGAGACGGAGACCCCGACGGCGUCGUCACCGUCGCGUUCCCCAUCACCCGCGAGUUGAUCGCCUUCCCGCCCCGCCUGGUGCGCCCGCGCCGGGACUACGUCGACGGGGAGUGGGUCCCGUCCGAGGUCGCGAUCGUCAUCCAGCCCAGGCACGCGCUUAGGGUUUACGACGUCGGGGACAAGGUGGAGGUGAAGAGGGACCGGGAGGUGUACGGGCACUCGUGGUUCCCCGCGACGGUGGCCAAGGUGAUCGAUAAGUUGAGCUACCUCGUCGAGUACUCCGAUCUGGAGGGGGUGGAGGAGGCUGGGGGAAAGGCGGUGGAGUACCUGCAUUGGCAAUUCGUCAGGCCGUCCGAGGAGCUCCCGCCGCGGCACUGCGAUUUCCGGCUUGGUCCUGGAGCCGCGGUGGAGGCGUACUGCGAGGGGGCGUGGUCGCCUGGCGUGGUGCGUAGGGUCGUCGGUGAGGGUGAGUAUGAGGUGAGCGUCAAUGGGAUGAACAAGGAGCUUCUGCUGACGAAGGUGCCAGAGUUGCUCAAGCCUCAGUACAGGUGGAAUGGCAAGUAUUGGAGGAUUGUUACUGCCAAGAGACACUUGAGGCGGCAGUCUGUAUCUGGAAUGAGCCCAAGCUCACCGGUGGAUGUGUUUUCCAGUGAUGAUGAACAUAGACAUCAUAUUGAAUCUUCUGCUUGCAAAAGGUCAAGGAGAAUGUCGAGGAAGGAACUCAAGGAAGUGGAUCACCUGGAAGUCAUGCUAACUGAACAUUCUGAGCAUGAUUCACGUUCUGAGAUGGACACUCCUUUAUCUGAGUUGGUCAAGUCACCAGGAAGCAAUCAUUCUUCAAAAUUUUGCGCUCAGCUUUCUGUAGCAAAAACUUUUCAAGUUCUUUCAAAGAAGAUAGUGAGCAACUGUUCGGUACCAGUGAAAAUGAUUCCUGAUUCCUCAGGAUAUCUGAUAAAUCAGAAUGAAUCAGGAAAAGAUUGUAUUGGGAAGACAGCGGUUAAUCAAGAAAUUAUAUCUGAUAUGCUACUUAUGAACGGUGCAUCUGCUUAUGGAACAAAUGCAGGUGAAAGCUGUGCUAUGCUUUCAACUAAAAAGUUUAGGAGACAUAAUAUGGCAUUAUCUGGCAGAAAUAAUCAUAUACGACAGGUACGGGGUAGGCCUGUCUCGUUCCAGACACUACGGACUAAAAAAAAUGUGCCUUUCAAGCUCAAACAGGGUAAAGUAAGACCUAUUCAAGCACCUCAGGGAAGGAAUGAUCCCUUUGAUAAUAUUCAGUUAAAGAGAAACAGUACUUCAAAUAUGGAAAUUGUCUGUGCUUUGAGCGUGUCUUCAGAAUGCAAUACCCCGUCUCCUUUGGCUAAACUGACACAGGCUUUUGAUGUUGUGUCAAAAGGGGCAGAUAGUGAAUCAAACACAAGGUUUUUUACCUCAAAAAAGAAAUUGGCUAAAAAGAGGGGCUUCAAAGAAUCAGAUAGCCCACAUAACUCAUUGGAUGCAACCAGUGCACUCCAGCCAAGAAAGAAAGCUGCAGGGCGACUGAAAGGAUCUUCUAUGGAGGUACAAUUGGAGGGUGAAACUCAUACUCAGCAGCAGCUUGAUAAGAGUUUGGAGGAUGAUCUGAAUGCUAAUGAAGUAACAAAUCAUGUACUGUUGCCAUUGACACCUCCAGGCUUUGAAUCAAUUGUCAAUGGAAAGAGAUCUUGUGAUUGGAACACUGAUGGUUUGUCUGAAACUAACUUACAUUCUAGUCUGUUUGAUGAAGAACUGGCUUCUACAAUCAAUAGCAUCUGUCAAGAUAAUCAUAAUGGAGAUGUGCAGACUGACGAUAUGGCUACCCAAGUAACUGAAAUCAGCCACCUUAUGGAGAAACCUAUGUUAUCUCUUGACCGUUCAGUUGAACAGGAGGUGAGUGGGAAAGUGGGACAAGGACCAAUCCAAUUACAUGUUGGGAACAGUGGGAAUUUGCAGUCCACCACUGACAACACCAUUUUAAGGAGCUGCUCAUUUGCUGGAGGUUCUAUGGCUUCAGAUAUGUCUAUGUGUCAAGUCUCUGGUCAGCAGCCCCCCUUCACAAAGAGCUCCCCUAUAUGGUCUGUGGUUGAAGCAAUGGAUGUGUUUCGUAAGGUGCCACAGCGGCCACAUUUCCUUCCACUCAAGCACUAUUCGCUAGCGCUGCGUGAAGGAAUUGCUUUAGGUCUAACAAUGUCGUAUCCCAACGUAGUGAAUGAUAUAAGGAAGUUACGCAUAACGGACAGCAUGGAGACAUUUGAAGACAGCAUCAAAACACUUACCACUUUAGAAGAAAAUGGAUUCAAUGUUCAGUCCUUGCAGCGUAGCCUGACCAAGUUGCUCCAGUUCAGAUCAGAUUACACCAAUGCUCUCACAUACAGGGAGAAGCUGAAAGCACAGAUACUGGAUAAGGGCUCUGCUGUGUCCCGCAUUGGUGCAUUGCUUGAUGAAAAGGAUAAUGCUAUAUUCAAGCUUGAGCAGGAACUUGGGAGACUACGAUGGGAAGCACAGAAGAUUGCGAAGAACAAAGAGGAUGAAGACGCGGAGCUGUUAAGGCUGAAAGCUGAGGACAGCAACGCUCAGGAAGCAUGCGGCGACGCUAAACGGCAGUUUCACGGUGUGCAGGCUGAGCUGCGGCCAUUAGCAAUUGGUAGCUAGUAACCAUCUGGAUGUGUCCCAACUUGGCAUUCAUGUAACUUAUUUUCCAGGCCUGUAUGCAGGCGCUAAUCUAGAACUAGAACCAUUCUGGUUGAACCCCUACUGUUGUUAGUCCUGACCUUUCUAUUGCUCAACCAUCACUCUAUGCUAGAGUGCUAGACUGAUAUACCUAUCCCUGUACUUAAUUAUCCCUCCUGCUGUUAAUUACUAGAAUUUGCUGUGAUCGGCAUGCAGUUGGGUUAUCUGCUACUGCCUUGUUGG